AAUAGAAACAUUUACUAUUUUACUAUAUAAUAUUUUACUAUAUUGCAUGUGCAGCAGUUUGACGGUUGUUGAGCGUGAAGAGUAACUAUCGUCCUGUAUAUUUAUAUAAAACCCCCAGUAAGGCAACCAUGGUUAGACCCGCCCCACACUGUGAGUGUGGAUCGGAACCUUUCUGUUGGCGAUCUUUUGCCGGGGGGACCGGAAAAGAGGUGGAUCCUUUUGUCACGCACGAUGUGGGGAGGCCGCAAGCUAGGCUGCUUGGGGAAUCGUUUUUUAGGAGCGAUUAGAUCUAGGUGCUGGGGCACGCAGACUGAGAGUACUCGUUUAAUCACGUCUGCAGUUUAUUCAGAGAAUCAGUUCAGUUGGACUCCGCAGACUAAACCAUGGGUUUUCAGUGAAUACAGAAUCAUGUGGUUCAAGUCCUACAGAAUGACUUCUGCCUGCUUGAAUAGAAUAAAAAUUCACAGGUACCCUUGGACAAGACCGUACAGCACUUCUCGGACCACUGUAGACAGCAGUGAGGUAAAAACAUUCCUGGCCCUGGCUCACAAGUGGUGGGAUGAACAGGGAAUAUACGCUCCUCUUCAUUCUAUGAAUGACCUGAGGGUGCCAUUUAUCAGAGACAAUCUUUUAAAAACAGUUGCUGAUCACCAACCAGGAAAACCUCUGUCUGGGAUGAAGAUUCUUGAUGUUGGCUGUGGUGGUGGAUUAUUAGCUGAACCUCUAGGGCGGCUUGGAGCUUCAGUUACUGGAAUCGAUCCUGUGGAUGAGAACAUUAAGACCGCACAGCACCAUAAAUCGUUUGAUCCAGUCCUAGAUAAGAGAAUAGAGUACAGAGCAUGUUCCCUGGAAGAGAUUGUGGAAGAGACGACAGAAACAUUUGAUGCUGUUGUGGCUUCUGAAGUUGUAGAACAUGUGACUGAUCUAGAAGCAUUUAUACAGUGCUGCUGUCAAGUGUUAAAACCUGGUGGUUCUUUAUUCCUUACUACAGUCAACAAAACACAGCUGUCCUAUGCCUUGGGAAUUGUUUUUGCAGAGCAAAUUGCAGGCAUUGUACCAAAAGGUACUCACACAUGGGAGAAGUUUGUAUCACCUGAAAAGCUAGAGAGCAUUCUGGAAUCGAAUGGCUUGUCAGUUCAGAGUGUGGCAGGAAUGCUCUACAACCCGCUGUCAGGUUGCUGGCACUGGAGUGAAAACACCAGCCUGAACUACGCAGCUCACGCCGUGAAGUCCGGGGCGCAGGGCCAGCCGGCGCCUGCCGAGUUUGUGUUCAAGGGGGAAGCGGAGGGGCCCAGAGGCCGAGACUCGGCCAACCCAGGGGCUCGGGAGGAGCUGAAGAAAUGAGUGGUUUCUAAGGACUGUAUACUAUGGCUCGAAAGUCUGAUGUUUACAUUUGGAAAAAAUAUGUAAUUGAUCUUUUGUGAGAGGAUCAUGAAGGAAAGAAAGUCAAUAAAAAGGGCUAAACCUUGGAUAAAAGUUUUUGUUGUUUCAUCUAGUAGUGACUCUGAAGGGAUUAUUGUAGGAUAUAGGAUAAAAAAAGUUUUGUCAAGGUAUUGUGUAAUCUAGGCGUUUAAAUUCCUCAGCCUUGGUUAUGUACAUAGAAUAUGCAUAUUUUACCUCAUUUUACAAAUUAUAUAUUCAUCAAGCAUGUAUGCACAUAUAUAUAUAUGCUGUAAUGUGUUUUAAUUUAAAAGAAUCUGCGUUAUCUUUGUUCUUUAUUGGGUUUUAGCUAAAGGUAGUUAUGCUUCUGACAUAUGAAACCAAAUAUAGUUUUAUGCCACUUAUAUUUGGGAAGAGAAAAUGUAUUUUUUCCUUUAAAUUUUAGUUUUUUGGAAAGCAAAUGGAUAGUUAAAUGUUUGCUGGAUUUGGAUUUAAACAUUAAAAUCAAGAAAUUUGGAUUAUGUUGGACAUAGGCCUAUAUAGUUCCAUAAGUGCUUUAUUGUGACUUUUUUUUAAGUAGAAAGGACUUUUUAAAAUUCAAUUAAAAAUUCAGUUAUGGAAAUUUU